AUGCGUGUCGAAGAACUUGUCAUUGAUGGUUUUAAGUCUUAUGCAAUUAGAACCGUCAUCUCAGGCUGGGAUCCUCAGUUUAAUGCCAUUACAGGUCUUAAUGGUUCCGGUAAGUCCAACAUUUUAGAUGCUGUUUGUUUUGUGUUGGGUAUCAAUAACACUUCGAAUUUACGUGCUCAGAACUUGCAGGAUUUGAUUUACAAAAGAGGUCAGGCUGGUGUUACAAAGGCUUCUGUUACCAUUACUUUUGACAAUUCUGACACUGCUAAGUCUCCCAUUGGCUUUGAGCAGUAUCCCAAGAUCAGUGUUACUAGACAAAUCGUCUUGGGAGGAACGUCCAAAUAUCUCAUCAAUGGUCAUAAAGCACAACAAAUUCAAGUGUUGAGUUUGUUUCAAUCUGUUCAAUUGAACAUUAAUCACCCUAACUUCUUGAUUAUGCAGGGUAAAAUCACCAAGAUGUUGAAUAUGAAGCCCACUGAGAUUUUAGGGCUUAUAGAAGAGGCUGCUGGUACUAAGAACUAUGAGUCUCAAAGAGAUAAGGCUGAAAGGACCAUGAAAAAGAAAAAUAUGAAGUUACAGACUACAGAAAACUUGCUAAGAGAGGAAGUUGAGCCCAAGUUAAGAAAGCUCAGAGAGCAAAAGAGAAUCGUUCUGGAGUAUCAGGAUGUUCAAGCUGAGCUUGAGACUUUAUCUAAGGCUGUUGCUGCUCAUGAUUAUAGGGCAUAUUCCGGGUUUUCCUCUGAAAAGACAGAGAUAUUAGCGGCGGCAGAAGCUGAACUUGGUGUUAAUGAGAAAGAGAUUGAAGAAUUGAGUAAUGAAAUCAUGAACUUGGAGUCAGAUUUGGAAGAAAUGAAAAAACGGCGACAACAAGAAGCCAAUAAAUCAAAUUUGAUACGAGAUUUGGAGCAGGAUGAAAAUGCCAUCACCAAUGAAAUCACCAGAUUGACUACUACUAGAGGGAUAAGACAGCAAUCCAUCGAGCAACAGAGGCAACAGAUUCAACAAAGUCUGGAAUCCCUUACCAAUAUGAAGAAGACUGUCGAAGAAAAAGUCAAGUCGCAUACUCUACUUGAGGAGAGAUUUAUAAAAGAGAAGCAGGAUUUAGAGAAUAAUAAGGAUAUUUUCCAGAAGAAGGAAGAUUUUCUUUCAACUCUCUCUACUGGUAUCUCCUCCAAGGGUUCUACUGACGGUGGAUAUCUCUCACACUUACAGGAAGCCAAAAAGAAAGUCUCCGAUGCCAAAGUGGAAAUCGAGAAGGAUAAGAUGAAGAUUGGCCAUUUGACAUCAGAGUUGAAAUCUAAUCAAGCUAAGCUAGCCUCGAAGCAAGCCGACAUUUCUCAAAUUAAAGAGGAGAUAGCCAAAAGGCAGCGCAAUUGUGAAGUGUUUGAACUCAAAUUCAAAGAAAUUGGUUUUGAUAUCAAAAGGUACCAAGAGCUUAAGAAUAGGGAAAAGGAGUUCCAGAAGAAGUUGGAUGAUGCUAAUUCUCGAUACCAGGAGUUCAGAAGAUAUAACCCACGAUUUGACUUUUCCUACGAAAGGCCAAGCUCAAAUUUUGAUCCAGUAUCUGUCAAAGGACUUGCCGGUGAGCUUUUCAGUUUACCAGAAACGAAUGUCAAAGCUUCUACUGCCCUCGAGGUUUGCGCAGGUGGCAGAUUGUUCAAUGUAGUGGUCGAUACUGAGGUUACGGGUGCACAGUUGUUGGAACGUGGUAGAUUAAGAAAGCGUGUUACUCUUAUUCCUUUGAAUAAGAUUCAUUCAAAAACAAUUGAAGCACGUAAAGUCGAUAUUGCCAAGAAUAUCGGUGACAACAAAGUGGAUCUUGCCUUGAAUUUGAUUGAGUUUGAUGCUGAGUCCAGAAAGGCUAUGGAGUACAUUUUUGGAAACAGGCUAAUAUGUGACGAUCCAGAAACGGCUAAGAAGGUGACGUUCAAUCCUCAGGUUCAUGCCGGUUCUGUGACCUUGGAGGGAGACUACUAUGAUCCUGAGGGUCGACUCUCUGGAGGCUCUAGGCGAAAUGCAACGUCAAUGCUGAUCAAGUUCAUGGAGUAUCGAACUUUAAAGUCUAAUGUGGAAUCUUUGAAGAAGGAGUUAAGUGAAAUCGCGGGGGAGCUUCAGCGUCAAUCCGGACUUAGCGAGCAAACAGGGCCUAUUCAGCAUAGCCUUCAGGUGGAACAAUACCAGAUUAAUAAUCUACAAGAGAAAUUAGCAAGUGGUGAUAGUGCUUCCUUUAUUAAGCACAGUGAGGCUCUUACAGCAGAGGUUAAGUCCCUCGAGGAAAAGAUAGUGGCUUCAAGUGAUAUGGUGCAACAGCAUAAGGAGGAAGUCAAGCAGAUUGAACGAGAUGUGAAAGAGUUCAAUAGCGAUGGAGUUAAGAAGCUUCGUGAGCUAAAAUCUGAAGUUGAGACGAUGUCGAAAGAACUGAGGAUGCAAGAAAGUACGUUGGAGGCCGAGCAUCAGAAGUUUCAGGAUUCUAAGAUUUCCACUGAACAGUUACAAUCAGAUAUUCAAGCGAUGGAGAGCGAUUCCAAGAAAUAUCAGGAGCAAUUGAGUCAGUUGGAGGGGUCAAUAUUGUCAAUUGAUGGCACUCUUAAAGAGCAACAGUUAAAGCUCCUAGAGAAGAGAGAAAAGAUUGAGAGUGAAAAGGCGAAGUUAGCUGGAAUCAAUGACGAAUUGAAUGAGAUGACCAUUGUAUUGAAUCAAAAAAGGGUGCAGUUGAACGACGCCAACAUAAAGCUAUCAAAGAGUCAACAAAACGUUGAGCAGUUGAGGGUUGAUGCGACUGAUAUUGACUCAUAUUUGGACAGGAUUGUGUCAGAGCAUGAUUGGGUCAAGGAUAAGAAGAUCUUAGAAAGUGUAUUGGAGCAGUAUCCAAACAUCAAUUCUCAGGAAUGUCACCAGAGAAUUGAUCAAUUGUCAAACAGAAUGAGUGCUAUGAAGAAGAAGGGAAUUAAUACCAACAUUAUGUCCCAGAUUGAGCAACAUGAAAAACAUGAGAGUUCUUUGAAGACUAAGAUUAAGCAGAUUAAUAAGGAUAAAAAGAAGAUAGAGGAGACAAUUACUAAGUUGGACGAAUAUAAGAGAACCGAGUUGGUGAAAACAUUUCAGAAGGUGUCUGAAGAUUUUGGCCAGAUCUUUGCAGUAUUACUCCCACAAGCAUUUUCUAAAUUGGUACCUAUAGACGCUCGAGAUGUGACUAAAGGAUUGGAGGUGAAGGUUCAGUUGGGUAAUGUGUGGAAAGAGUCGUUGGUUGAACUAUCUGGAGGACAGAGAUCGUUGGUGGCAUUAUCAUUGAUCAUGGCCCUUUUACAGUUCAAGCCCGCACCACUGUAUAUUCUUGAUGAGGUGGAUGCGGCAUUGGAUUUGAACCACACCCAAAGUAUUGGUCAUUUGAUCAAAACCAGAUUCAAAGGAUCUCAAUUUAUGGUUGUGUCAUUGAAAGAAGGUAUGUUUACGAAUGCCAACAGGCUCUUUAGAGUGAGGUUUCAGGAAGGUACAUCGGUUGUGACUGCGACUUGA